AUGCUAGAAGAGCCAAAAGGAGCCCUAUGCAAAGAUUUAGCAAAGAUAAUCGUAUCUGAAAACAAAGCAAAGAACAAUGGUGCAGUCUUGGGUCGUCUAAAAAAGACGAUACGCAAAGGUGUCGAAUUGGGAUACCUCAAACGUACGCAAGGCAAUCGAAUUUCAUUAUGUGACGAGUUCCAAAAAUACUACUUUUUGGAACCAGAGAUGGUGCUGGCGGGCAGAGCGAGGCGCGCCCAAAAAAACAUUAAAAGGCGAAAGUCACGGAGGAGUCCAAAACGAAGGCCAAAGCGCGGAUCGAAGGCACCAAAACGCAGGCCAAAGCGCCGGUCAAAAUCAUCACAACGUAAAGGGAGAGGGCGCAGGCGUGGACGUUUAUCCCGACGGGCCGGAUCAAUCCCAUCUAAAAAAUACCACCACUUAACUGCCGACAUAUCGACAAAGUCUCGGUCUACAUCAUCAACAACCUCUACAACAUCAUCAAGAACACACUCGAAAACACCUUUGAGAACACCAUCGGGUACUUGUGCAUACACCCCAUCCUGGACACCAUUGCUACGCCCAAGCCAAAAUGCAUUUAUUAAACUUUUUGAAAGGCAGAAAUACAACGUAGACGCUGAAAAAAGUUCUUCGCCUAGCCUCAAAUCUUUUUUCUAA